AUGGAUAGCUUCAUCAGUCUCGCAAAGAAAGGCUACGAGGCCUAUAGUGAAUCACAAUCUGAUGUCUCCAAGACCGGAGGACAAGAAUACAAUACCCCACAUCACUCAGGCCCACCCACUGGUAGCCCAUCGUUUGAUGAUGAUGAAGUCGUGAGAACAGCAGAGAAACACGGAUCGGCCGAUUCGUCUGUAUUUUCCUCCGCAUUGAGUUUCGUCAAGCAGAACGUCGGCGAGCACAACCAGCCCAUCGACGAGGAUCACGUCACCAACGCUCACAGGAAAGCCUACCAGGAAGGUUCCGCAAGUUCACUGAGUGCCAACUCUCUUGGCGGUGCAGCUGCUCUCCAAGCUCUCAAGAAGUUCACCUCUGGGGGCGGGUCCAGCGGCGGAUCUCAAACUGAACUGAUCAGUCUCGCCAUGGCAGAGGCCACCAAGCUGUUCGAAAAGUCUGGUGGCACAGCUUCUGGGAACAAACAGGAUGCUGUGAAUGGUGCGGCUAUGACUGUCAUGAAGCUGUUCGUGCAAUCAAAGAUGGGUGGAUCGACUAUCGGUGGGGGCGACUCCGGUGGUUUAUCGGGGCUGCUCAGUCUUGCCUCCAAGUUCGCGUAG